AUGACAAAAGCCCCAGAAUUUAUUAGAGUGAAAAGAAGGAGAGAUGAGGGAUCUGUACAUGCACUUCUAAUCGAUGAAGACAAGAGAGUUAAGAGGGCUAAAUACGUAUUUAAACUCCAAAAGACAAUAAAUGAAAAUUCAUAUGAGAACGAAAAAGAAACAAAUACUCCCUUAUUAAAACUAACUAAUGAUGAUGGUCGACAUUUUGUCUUGGAGCAACACAAGAGAAAAAGAGGUAAAACUGAUAGUGAUAACGAGAUUGAACCACAAUUGGAUAAACAUGGCGACCAUACAGAUAAACUACCGACAGAUAUUGCUCAAAUGGUUAGUAGUUAUUUGAAAUUACAAACAAAUAAUGAUUCCUCUCAACUAGGCUCAAAUCAACGAAAGAAACCAACCAAAAAGAGAUAUCUAAACUCUGUAGCAUCCCUACCAAGUCAAGAUUACGUUUACGAUAUUUAUCACUUGGAGAUGGUUCCUGAUACUGAAUUGUUAACAUAUGACGGCGAUAAUAGUGUUGGGUUUGUGAAGAUUGUUAACAAAUAUAUUGAUUUACUUCCCGAUGAUGAAGAAUACUCUGAUUCUCAAAUAAAAUCUGACGACGAAGACUCCAAUGAUGAAAAUUAUUAUCAAAAUGAUUAUCCUGAAGAUGAAGAUGAUGACAGAUCAAUCCUUUUUGGUGAAGAAGGUGAAGGGAUUGCUGACGAGGAAGAUGAAUUGAGUAAAAGUCAACAAGUAUCUGAAUUACAGAAAUGGGGGGUUGUACCUUCGAAUGUAGAGGAAUGGGAAGAAUCGAAGAGUGGCGAUCAAACAGUUAACAACGCCAACGAAUAUGCUGAAUUGUUUAAUAAAUAUGAAGAAAGUGAAAAUAUCUUAUAUUCGAUCAAUAAAAAUCAUGUUGUGGAUGUUGACAUGGAUAAUACACGACAAGUUUAUUAUGACGAAGAUGACCAUAUUGAGAUAAAUGAUACUAUCCGUAAUGCUAGUGCUGAAAAUGAUAAUGAUGACAACUAUGAAUACGAAAGGAAUACGUUCUUUGAAACCGAUAGAGAUGAUCCUCUGGCCCAGCACAGAGACAAGAUUUUUGGCGAAUUACAAAGGAAAAUAAAUGAGUAA